AUGGCCUCUGUCUCAGCUACUUGUCUUAGGUUCCAACCUUUGUGUAGCCAGUCCAACAAGACUAAUCAAGCAGCUGGUUUAAAGCUGGUUUCGGUAGGUUGGGGAAAGAGCACUGGCUUCCCUUCUUUGACGGCCUCUCGAUUCCGUGUCUCUUGUGCGGCAAAGCCAGAGACUGUAGAGAAAGUUAUUAAUAUUGUGAGGAAACAGUUGGCUUUAACUCCUGAGACCGUGCUCACCAACGAAACCGAGUUUGUUGAACUUGGUGCUGAUUCUCUUGACACAGUGGAGAUAGUAAUGACAUUGGAAGAAGAGUUUGACAUUAAUGUAGAAGAGGAGAACUCUCAAAAUGUAUCAACAGUUCAAGAAGUAGCUGACAUGAUUGAGGAGCUUGUUCAAAAGAAAGCUGCAGGUGGAAGCUGA